AUGAAUCAAAAAGCACACCCCUUCGGUUCUCCGGACCCGCAGGAAGAAGAGCUCGACGCCGAGAUUCGCUCCAUUCGCGCACAGAUCUCAACCCUCGCCCACCGCAAAAGAAUCCUAACAACAAGCCUCCUCUCAAGUCCCAAAAUCAAAACCCUCCUCCAAAACCAAACCUCAACAACGACAACGACAACCCUCACAACCCUAAAAGAAGACCUAUCCCCACUAGUAACAGCAGCCGGCGCCCACACAACCACCAAUCACCACCGCAUCGCCUUCGGCGCAACGGCAUUCCCAUUCAAAGAUCCUGCGCCGAAUUCGCCAGACCCCAAUCUAUUGGGCAUACGUAUUGACGUUUGUGCGCGGGAUGGGCGAUUUGCGAAACCUUAUUAUGUGCUUUUGCGACAGGAGCGCGGUCGGCGCAAUGGACAGCAGCAGCAAAGAGGGAACGGGAAUGGGAAGAGACUCUGCGUCCAUCGACAUACGAUUCCAGCUUUUAUUUCGGUGGAUAGAUUGGCGGGUGUUUAUUUACCGUUACCUUCAUCUUCAUCGUCGCGUCACGAGGAGGACGGGAGCGGGAGUUCUGGGUCUGAAUCUGAAUCCGAGAGUGGUCCGAUGAAACCAGGACAAGCGCGCAGUACGAGGAGAAAGCAAGAUCUACGUGGCUUUGUGCGUGAAUUGAGGAGGGAAUUAGUGGCCUGGCAUCUCCGUUCCGACGCUGUGGUUUUCCUGCGAGAGAAAUUGGGACUUAUUCGUGAUUCCGAAUCUGAAACCGACGCAAACGCAAACGAGGACGAAGAAGAACAACCCUGGGGCGAAAAGAAGUCUCCACCUCGGAACGAUUUGGGAAUUAUUGGGUUAGAAGCCACGGCUGUUGAGGCGCGGUAUGUGCGGAUGGAGUGGGAGGAUGGUCGACUUGGACGGUUUAAGUUGUCUAAUGCUGGACUUGUGGAGCGGGCUGUUUUUAUGAAUGAUCGCGGUCGUGAUAAGAAGGUUGAGGAUGCUGUUACUGGAGGUGGGGGGGAGGGUGGAGUCGCUUUUUGA